UAGAAGAAGAAGGCCGAUAGUGAAAAAGAUGGCUGCUUCCACUGGCGGCAUGAAACACAAUAACACUCUGUUUAUGCUCUUCGAGCUCUUAUAGCUUCUUUUCUCUGUGUUUUUGCAGUUUGGUUUGUGCCGUAUUCAGUCAUGUCUGCCCCUGGUUCCGCGGUGUCUGGGGCCACGCCGUCGGUUCUGCAGCCGCGGUGGAAACGGGUCCUCGGAUGGUCCGGCCCCGUCCCCCGGCCCAGACACGGACACAGAGCCGUGGCUAUUAAGGAGCUAAUGGUGGUGUUUGGUGGGGGGAACGAAGGGAUUGUGGAUGAAUUACACGUCUACAACACCGCUACAAACCAGUGGUUUAUCCCAGCCGUCCGAGGUGACAUCCCUCCUGGUUGUGCUGCAUAUGGUUUUGUAUGUGAUGGCACACGGUUGCUCGUGUUUGGUGGCAUGGUGGAGUAUGGAAAAUACAGCAAUGAUCUCUAUGAACUACAGGCAAGCAGGUGGGAAUGGAAAAAGCUAAAAGCGAAAAACCCCAAAAAUGGGCCUCCUCCCUGUCCUCGUCUGGGCCAUAGUUUUUCCCUCGUGGGAAAUAAAUGCUAUCUGUUUGGUGGCCUUGCUAAUGACAGUGAAGACCCCAAGAACAACAUCCCCAGAUACCUGAAUGAUCUUUACACGUUAGAGCUCCGUGCUGGCUCCAGCGUGGUUGGCUGGGACAUUCCAAUCACAUACGGUGCUCUGCCUCCCCCUCGUGAGAGCCACACGGCUGUGGUUUACACAGAAAAGACAAGCAGGAAGUCCCGUCUUAUUAUCUAUGGUGGAAUGAGUGGCUGUCGUUUGGGAGAUCUUUGGACUCUUGAUAUUGAUUCCCUCACUUGGAACAAACCUUCUGUAAAUGGCACAGCGCCCCUCCCUCGAAGUCUUCACUCUGCCACCACCAUAACCAACAAGAUGUAUGUUUUUGGAGGGUGGGUUCCUUUGGUAAUGGAUGAUGUCAAAGUUGCCACACAUGAAAAGGAAUGGAAGUGCACAAACACUUUGGCCUGCUUAAAUCUUGACUCCAUGUGUUGGGAGACAGUUCUGAUGGACACUCUGGAGGACAACAUCCCCAGGGCCCGUGCAGGCCACUGUGCUGUGUCUAUUAAUUCCAGACUCUAUGUUUGGAGUGGUCGUGAUGGUUAUCGCAAAGCUUGGAACAACCAAGUUUGCUGUAAAGACCUCUGGUAUCUGGAAACUGAACGGCCACACGCCCCUGCAAGGGUGCAGCUAGUCCGUGCCAACACAAACUCCCUGGAAGUGAGCUGGGGAGCUGUUUCCACUGCAGACACGUACUUACUGCAGCUGCAGAAAUAUGACAUUCCUGCCACUCCAACUGCUGCCUCUACAGCCAUGAGUGCAUCUCCCUCUCAGCCUGUCAAUUCCCCCAAGAGCCCUGCCCCUGCAGCUGCAGCUCCCUCGGCUCAGAGCCUUACUCAAGCUGGUACUUUCACAACUCUUUUACAGACUUCAGUCCUUAAUAACUGCAAAACGGUGAGCAUUAGCAAAAUAAUUUGUUUUGUUUCAGCUGUGUUGAAGGUUGCAGCACAGCAAUCGGCCACUGGCCCAUCUGUUGUGACAGUUCGUCCAAGUCAGCCUGGAAAAUCCCCUGUCACAGUGACGUCCCUUGCUCCUGGUGUCCGAAUGGUGGUGCCAGCCCAGACUGCUCAAGGAUCGCCCAUUGGAAGCAGUCCUCAAAUGAGUGGCAUGGCAGCUUUAGCUGCAGCGGCUGCUGCAACACAAAAGAUCCCUCCUGCCUCCGCGGGUGCAGUCCUCAAUGUCCCUGCCGGUGCGGCCAUUCUCAAAACAGUAGCUGUGACACCAGGCACGACCACAGUGAAAGUUGCUUCUCCAGUGAUGGUCAGCAAUGCUGCCACAAGGAUGCUAAAGACAGCUGCUGCCCAAGUGGGCACCGCGACUGCAUCCUCUCCCGCCACGACCACAAGACCCAUCAUCACUGUGCACAAGUCUGGAGCCGUCACUGUGGCCCAGCAGGCACAGGUGGUGACCACUGUUGUGGGUGGAGUCACUAAAACCAUCACCUUGGUGAAGAGUCCCCUUACCAUGGGUGGCAGUGGUACUCUGAUCUCCAACCUUGGCAAAGUGAUGUCUGUGGUUCAAACUAAGCCUGUGCAGACAUCAGCUGUCACUGGCCAGGCCUCCACUAACCCACUCACACAGAUCAUACAGACCAAAGGCCCACUCCCUGCUGGUACCAUUUUGAAGCUGGUGACUUCUGCCGAUGGCAAACCAACAACAAUAAUCACCACUUCCCAAGCAGGAGGCACAGGAAACAAACCCACAAUCCUCAACAUCAGCGGUGUCUCUCCCACCACCACCACCAAACAAGGAACCACAAUCAUCAAGACCAUCCCGAUGUCGGCCAUUAUGACUCAGCCUGGAGCCACAGGUGUCACAAGUAGUGCUGGCCUCAAAACACCAAUCACUAUCUUGACAACGAAAGUGAUGACUGCAGGGACUCCUGGCAAGAUCCUCACCACAGUACCUAAAUUGGGUGGUGCCGCUGGACAGCAGGGAUUGACACAGGUUGUGUUGAAGGGGGCCCCUGGUCAGCCUGGAACAAUUUUGCGUACAUUGCCCAUGAGCUCAGUGGGCGGAGUUCGACUUGUUACACCAGUGACGGUAUCAUCAGUGAAGCCGACUGUCACCACUCUUGUUGUCAAAGGAACAACUGGUGUCACCACCCUGGGGACAGUCACAGGCACAGUCUCUACUACCCCAUCUGGGGGGAAUGUAGACAGUUCCACUGCUUCGCUGGUCACUCCCAUUACCACUUUGGGAACUAUUGCUACUUUGUCCAGCCAAGUCAUCAGUCCUUCUGCAAUUACAGUGUCCACUGCGCAGACCAGCCUAACCGCUGCCUCCACACUUCCCUCCUCCACAAUCACUGUGCAGAACCAGCCAACCCAGGUGACUCUCAUAACAACCCCAAGCGGUGUGGAAGCCCAACCUGUGCAAGACCUGCCUGUGUCGAUACUGGCUUCUCCAACGUCAGAGCAGCCCAGCUCCUCUGAGACAGGAGCAGCAGGAGAGAGCUCUGGAACAGUCACCUUGGUCUGCUCCAACCCGCCUUGUGAAACUCAUGAAACGGGAACAACCAACACUGCCACAACCUCUUCUGCUACCAUUGGAUCAGGCCAGGUGUGCUCAAAUCCGCCUUGUGAAACUCAUGAGACAGGAACGACCAACACAGCCACCACGUCCUCCGCUGCCAUUGGCGUGGGCCAGGUGUGCUCCAACCCACCCUGCGAGACACAUGAAACCGGAACAACAAACACAGCAACGACAGCAUCCUCUAACAUGACUGCGCUGCGUGUGUGCUCCAACCCUCCCUGUGAGACCCACGAAACAGGGACAACUAACACAGCGACUACAGCGUCUGCUAACAUGGGAGGAGCAAGCCAGGUGUGCUCCAACCCACCCUGCGAAACUCAUGUGACCGGCACCACCAACACAGCUACCCAGUCGUCCUCAAGUAUGAACCCGGGGCAGGUGGGAUCUGUGCAGAGGGUUUGUUCCAAUCCACCAUGUGAAACCCAUGAGACUGGGACAACCAACACCUCCUCCACAGCCACAUCAAGCAUGGGAGGAGAUCAGCCCAGCACAGUUUCAGGCACAGUUCAGAGAGUCUGUUCCAACCCUCCUUGUGAAACACAUGAGACUGGGACCACCAACACAGCCACCACUGCAACUUGCAGUAUGGAAACAGGCGAUGGCACAGCUCAGCAGACAGAAGAAGAAGCUGAAGGGACCAGCAGCACUGAAGUGGCCUCCUCCACUGUUGCUGCGAGUACUGUUACCAGCACCCAAGGCAGAGCAAUCACCACUGUUACUCAGUCCACACCAGCACCUGGACCCUCUGUUCCGUCGAUCUCCUCGAUUACGGAAGGGGUGAGCACUGCAGCCAGUUCCACAGAAGAGCCCAUGCAGACAGAAGACAUGGCGUCGGCUGAAGCUGCAGCCGCAGAGGAGCCAGCCACUGCCAUGGAGACACAAGCGGAGGGUGAAGCUGCUGGAGCAGCAUUGAACCUUCCUUCAGAACUCAUGUCUGAGGGUCAGGGAGCCACCCUGAUGGUGACUGGCCUGUCAGAUGAGGAGCUGGCUGUGACUGCAGCGGCAGAAGCGGCAGCUCAGGCUGCAGCAACUGAGGAGGCUCAGGCCCUGGCAAUCCAGGCUGUUCUCCAGGCUGCUCAGCAGGCAGUGAUGAAUGAAGGAGAUGCUGCUGGAGAAAGUCAGCAAACUACCAACAUACCCAUCAUGCUGACCCAGCAGGAGCUUGCUGCCCUGGUUCAGCAGCAGCAGCAGCUCCAGGAGGCCCAGGCUGCUGCCCAGCAGGGGGCGGUAGAUUCAAGUUUGCCAACUGAAGGCCUUGCUCCUGCAGACAGUCUGAAUGACCCAUCGGUGGAGAGCAACGGACACAACGAGAUGGCGGCAGUCUCCGGUGCCGUGGUUUCUCUGCUUCCUCGGACCACCACAGAGACUCUCACUCCCUCCAGCACAUUUGCACCAUCGAUAUCUGUGGCAAGUCCAGCCAAGCUGCAAGCAGCAGCUGCUCUUGCUGAUGUUGCAAAUGGCAUAGAAGGAGAGAAACAGGCCCCCCAGCCAACACCAGUGAAGCCCGUGGUGAAGAAGGAGAACCAGUGGUUUGAUGUGGGAAUAGUAAAAGUGACAAAUAUGGUCGUCACACACUUCUAUGUGCCAGCAGAUGAUUCGCAAGGAGACGACGAUUCUGGCAUCAUGCCCGACUACAGCCAAAUGAAGAAAAUGGAGCUUCAACCCGGAACUGCUUACAAGUUCCGAGUUGCUGGGAUAAAUGCUUGCGGCCGUGGAACUUUCUCGGAAAUAUCAGCGUUCAAGACCUGCCUCCCAGGGUUCCCUGGAGCUCCAUGUGCCAUCAAAAUUAGCAAGAGCCCAGAUGGUGCCCACCUGACUUGGGAGCCCCCGUCUGUCACGUCAGGCAAAAUCAUUGAGUAUUCGGUGUACCUGGCCAUCCAGAGCAACCAGACCGCUGAAGCCAAGGCUUCCACGCCGGCCCAGCUGGCAUUCAUGCGCGUGUACUGCGGGCCCAACCCUUCCUGUCUGGUGCAGUCGUCCAGCCUGUCCAACGCCCACAUCGACUACACCACCAAGCCUGCCAUCAUCUUCCGCAUAGCUGCCCGCAACGAGAAAGGAUACGGUCCUGCAACGCAAGUCCGAUGGCUGCAGGAAUCUGGCAAAGAUGCAGCAGCAAAACCAGCCCCCAAAAGACCAGGCGCUUCUCCUGAUACUAAGCCUACUGGUCCAAAGAAGGCGCGGACGGAUCAGUGAGGUUGCCCAGAAACCCCUCCGUCUUUUGUCCCCUCCCACUCACUGUCCUUUUAUCAGGAAGACUGACCUUCACCGCGCCACCUUCCUCUUCACCCUCAUCCUAAUCUCACUCUCAAGUCUCAAAACAUGACGACACUGGAGGCAGAACAACCGUAUGAAGCCCAGAUGAGUCGAGCUGAGAGAUUCUUCUGUAGAUAAUCCCCCUGCCCCGCCCCUCACUGUUUUUGUUGGUCGUUCAAUUUUUAGAGCAACGCAAACUUAGAAGCACAUUAUCUUUUUCAGCCACACCCCCUCUACAUCCUUUUAACAUCUAUUUUUGGCUUGUUUCAGUAGUUGAGCAGUAUAUAGAGAAGCAUUUACAUCUUUCACCACCUGGGAGCUGGACUGAGUGCAGCGUUUCUCUUUUUGUCUGUUUGGUUUUGUGAACCCCGGGGGGGAUGUAGAGAGAGACUACACGAAAUGAUGUACAGUUUUGGAGGCAUUAGUCUAGACGAGAUGAAAAAACGGCAUGGAAACAAAUAAAGCACUUGUCCUCGACGACAGAGGACAUCAUUUUUUCCUUCUUCAUUUUGCUCCAAUUUUCUUCAUUGAGAACCAAGUCUGUACAGACAUCAAGCGGGACUCCAGUCCGGUGGUUACAUCAUCACUGUGCGCUUUUUUUUUUUUUUCCAAGAUGUGGACUGAGAAAGACAAAGGAAGAGAUUGGAAGAGAAUCCACAGACUUUGCCUGGACUGAGACUUGCAGCACACACGCCACAAGAGAAAAAUCUUUCCAAAAAUAGCAAGCAAUGACGCAGAAGAUCUUUUGUGUAGUUUAUUUUUGUAUUUUUAAGCUCCCCCCCCCUUCCCACCCUCCCUCCCUGUGUGCAUGUUGUCUGCAUUUUAAGAGCAUCACUUUUUUUAAAAACUGUUGAUCCCCGUAGUUUUGUGUUGAGUUGGGAAGACCUGGGUGGUUGUGUUGCAGUUUUGCCACUGUCAUUUUAAAAACCUCUUCAUUCACUUGGUUGUAUGUUCUUGUUGUUCAGGAGGGUUCGACGACGAGGCAAUACUUUUGUACUUGUUCCAGGUAGAAUUGCAGAACGUUAUAGGAGUGAAGGGAACUUUGACGCGGACCCAGGGAGCCAGAGCGCUUUGUUUACUUCAGUUAGUCAUCGCUCGCGUCGCUUUGUUUGCCAUACACGCAGACACCCGUGCUUCCCCCCCAAACACCCCUGCCCCGACGUACUUUUUAUGCUCAUGAAUGUGAUGUCGCAUCUUCAUUAUAUAUUUUUUUUUGUAGAAUGGCAAAUCAUAUAUCAAGUAGACAACCCCCAAAUCCCGUUGAUGUAUGUGAAUCCGAUUAAUAAAUUUUUAAUUUUUUUUUUCUCCCCUUCCUUCCAUGACUCUGUAUUCCGACUGCUGAUGGUGUGCAAGCUAACUGAUGUGUGAACCCGAAUGUCUUUGAAUGGGGAUGUCCUGGUGAGAGAGAGAGAGCGAGAGAGAGAGCAAGACGAUAGCCGCAGUGUACUCACUUGUAAAUUAGUUCAUUCAUAUAGAGCAAGAAUAAAACGAACAAAAAAAAACAUCUUGGCCUUUUAUAUAAUAACCUGUAACAAACCGUUUUUACAUGUCUGUCAUCUCUCGAUUGCCUUUUGUGUCUUUACUUAUGAAAGAAAUAUAUAUAAAUAUAUAUAUAUAAUAUAAGCUCCCUGAUUGUUCUAAUUCGCUUGUCCGGCUGAUUCAGUGUAGGAGUCGGAAUCACUUCUCUCGUCAUGACAGCACCAGCUUGUACAGGGAGCAUCAGUUGUCAUGGUAAUGGCCAGAAGAUUUAGUCAAGGUUUUGUUUUUUUCUUUCCUCCCUUUCUCCUACCUUGACUGCUGUCUGUCGUUUCUUCCCGUUUUCUUUUCUGAGAUGAGCUUUCUCUUCAUAUUGCAUUCAUCAUUUUGUGCGUGUCGGUGUGUCUGUUGAUGAAAACUAGACAUGCAUGCAAAAGCUGUGUAUUUUAGUAGUGAUGCCUUAAGUUAGACCAUAAGCUGAAGGUUCUCAAGAAAAAAAAAAAAAAAAAAAAAAACAGAAAAAAAGAGUUUGUUCCUCUCUCCAUGUGGUAUACAAUUGUGUCCUCUUCUUCCACAGUACCUUUGCUGGGUCUCUCUUUUAUGCGCCCUGGUUAGAUAGGUCAUCAUCAGCAGUGUCGGGGGGAGGGGGGAUCUGACCUCAGCACUGACAGUUGUUGCCAGCUUCUUUCGGCUGUUUGCAGGUUAUCUGGAAAUGUUCUGUAUUUUCCAAUGUGUGUUUUUUGUACUGUAGGGAGUAAUGUAUCUUUUAUCAUCAAAAAAAAAAAUAAACAUGGUAAACAAA